CGUUCCUAGAAGAAGAUGGUGUCGUAGAUCUAGAAGAGCCGAGGAAUAAGACUAAGUCAAUGAGUUUUUAAGGGCAUCAUUGAUAAGAUUCUCAAAAUCAUUUACACAAAUUUCAGUUUGAUAAAGAAAGACUGUAAAGAUGACUGCAGAUGAAUGUAUUUAUCACACUGACAAGAUUGUAUUUAAUGAAGUAUGUCAUUGUAUAAGGAAAUUAAAGAUAAUUUAGAAGAAAUAUGUACAGAGAUAUGCUAUGGCAGUGUGUUCUUGUACUAGGAAAGCAAAAGAGAGUGAAAAGAAAAACACUUGUAGAAUUGAAUCAGAAGUAUUAGGACAAGAAAUAAUUGAUAAACUUCAAUCUAGUGAAUAUAGUGAAUAUCAUGUGAGAACUAUCACUGACUUUAUAUCAACUGUUGCUAUUAAUCCACAAUCAUAUUACAGUGGUUCACAAUUUCUUCUUAUUCUUCGUAACGCAAUAAAGGGAGACUACUCACUUCUACAGUCAUUAUGUAGAGACGGUGACAUACCAAGCAGAAAGAAAGUAAUUAAAUUCAACAGUAAGAAUUUCAGUUGUUUGAUGAAUAAAAAGAUGCGGAAAUGUCCCAUUAAAAAAAGAGUUUAUGUUCCAUUAUUUGGUGGAAAUAGUCGGUAUUUGGAAUCCCAUGAAAAAAUUGGUAAGAAAUUUAGUAAAAUUGGUGUAAAAUUCAACAGUAUAAUAGUUAUUGAUGGUAUAGAAACUAGAGUGAUGAUGAAUAAUAAUAAAACUCAGACUGUAUUAAAAGUUUGGUGUCAUAAUGAUAUAGACUAUGAUAGGCUACAAAAUAAAUUAAUUAAGAUUGGUAAAGAAAUACAGGAAGCACAUCAGCAGGUGGCCAGACCAAAGAGAAUUUCAAGACCAGUUUUGGUUGAUUUUUCCUCAAAUGGGAAAACAGCAAAAACAGGAAAUAUCACUUCCGCUUUCAAUCUUUCUGAUCUCAAGUCAAGUUUAUCUGAUGUUUUCUCUCAAAAGUAUUUGAUGAAGAAGAAGGAUGGCAAGAGACGUAUGAAACCAAAUGAUUAUGAUAUAUUGAAGAAUGGACAUUGUUUAUAUUGUAUGAUACCCUAUACUGGUUUACAUCAACAACAAACUGAUCAUUGUCAAUAUCAUCCUGGAUAUCAAGUAAAAGUGUCUGAAUAUUCAGAAUGGACAUGUUGUAAAAACAGAGUGGAGGCUGGUAGGAAUAAUGGUUGUACAGUUGGUCAACAUGCCUGGAGACCACAUAAAAAAGCUUCAAGAAAGAAGCACAGUUUCAAUAUAGUAGAUUGACAUAAAUGUCACCUCGGACAAAAGCCCUCUUUGAAAUAAAUUAGUUAAACCUCAAGAUCUAUGAUUGCAAUGUGUUAUGUGUAUUUUUUGUUAUAUUUAAACUAAUUGAAUUUAAUUCAAGUGUUUGAAGAAAUAUAAAUUAAAUCAGGGUUGUCUCCCUUCA